GGCUCGAGAUUGAAAAUCUCAAGGUUGGAGGUUCGUCAGUGGUUUGAUGAACGCCAGGAGUUAGAAUUACAUUAUUAGAAACAAAGCUUAUGCAACCCUCUGUGGAUUGAAAACGAUCGUUUGGGGAUAAUUUUGGCUUAGGUGAUAUAAAAAAAUGUAUGCAUAUAAAUGUAUGGUAGGCCUUUCACUCCCCAGUCAAUUAUGACUUUGGCCAUUAUAUCAGCAAGCAAAGUUCAUAUAUCGCUGAUCGUGAUCUUGGCUCCUGUAUCAAUAUGGUGUUUAGUUGCGGGACUUAGUGAAACAACUAUGGAGGUACCAUACAUAAAUUGGAUGAGGAGUAUCAGUGUUUAUGAAAGCCCCUCGCACAUCUACCUCGUUGGUUCUGAUGUUGGGGAACGCCAUUUCCGAAUUCUCAAGAUCGCUCGUGCUCCUGUUCCCUUAAAGGAAGAUCACUUGUGGCUUGAUAAAGAGUGUAGUGCUUCUGAAGCAACUGUUGAAGCAGAAAGUUUAGUUGAUCGAAUAUGGCGUCUGAAUAUAAUUGAGGAUCCUCAUAUUUAUUCCAAAUCAGAAUUAGCACGAUUGCUGCAUGUUAUCCAGGCAACUAGUCGGCGUUUCCAUUCACAAACUAGUUCUCAUGGUAACGACAAGUUGGAGCCAUCAAAAUCUCCUAAAUGGUCACUUUUUUCAAAGCGUCGGCCUCAGGAACAUUUGCCCAAAAUCGACGAAACUUCAUCUAUUUCGAAUUUAAAUAUAUCUCACGAUAUGAUUUCUAAUCCAAAGGAUUUACAGCAAGCUGCAGCUUCUGCUCUGUUCACUGGCAGCAGUAAACGUUCUCUAGUUUUAGUUACAAAAUGCUAUGGGGUCGUUGGAGUUGUACGAUUUCUACGUGGUUAUUACCUUAUCUUAAUUACUAAAUACUCAGUGGUUGCACAAUUAGGUGAACAUCAAAUCUGUAAGGUUGAAGAUACUGCUAUACUUUAUAUUCCUGGCAAUGAUUUUGUUGAUGAACGUGGACUUGCAAAUAAUGGUUCCAGAAGUCAUUAUUCUUCAAUGUCUUCUUUAAAUAGUACAGUUUCACAAGAUCUCGAUAACGAUUCUUGCUCUAAUGAAGAUGAACAACAAACAGGAUUAUUUCAUCUUAUUAAAAGUUCUAUAGGACGUAAGAAACUCUCCAGUGAUGAAAUGCGAUAUUUAAAGCUAUUUAGCAGUGUAGAUUUAGCUAGCAACUUUUACUUUAGUUAUACCUAUGAUUUAUCCCAUAGUUUACAAUAUAAUAUGGAGCCUUUAUUUAAGUCUGAUUGUCAAGAAUAUAUCCAUCUGCUAACAUCAAAAUAUAUACCCAAUGAUAAGUAUGUUUGGAAUUGGAGAUUAAUUCCACCGAGAUUUCGACCAGGAUGUAACCGUAAUGGCUCUCGUCUCAUUAUUGAUCAGCCUGAAUGGUUCACUUUGUUAUUUCAUGGUAGUAUUAGUCAAAUAGCCUUAUCUGCUUGCCGAAUGCCAAUGAUGGUUACUCUUAUUGCUCGUAGAUCAAGACAUUUCGCUGGUCGGCGAUUUUUGAAACGUGGUGUUAAUCUGGUUGGUGAUGUUGCAAAUGAAGUGGAAACAGAACAAAUAGUACAUGAUAGCUCAUAUUCAUUUCUUCGUCAUGGACGCGUUUCAUCUUAUGUACAAAUGCGUGGUUCUGUACCGUUAUUCUGGUCACAGGAGUCUUCUAAAGUUGUUGUUGGCAGACCGCCUUUAGAAAUUUUACGUGAUGAUCCAUUCUAUGAAUCGAUGGGUUUACAUUUUUCUAGUUUACUUAAACGUCAUGGAUCUCCAGUUAUUGUGCUUAAUUUAAUGAAAAAACGAGAGAAAAGACAAUUUGAAACAAUUUUAUCUGAUAGAUUUGAACGUGGAAUUACCUAUUUAAGUCAAUUUUUACCUUCUAGAAUUCCCCACCCAUCUGAUUCAUUAAAUACACUUUUUAUCGAAACAAUUGAUAGUAGUCCACCUAUUAUGUACAUUGGAUUUGAUAUCGCUCGUGUACAAAAAAUGAAACGUACUGUUGUUUUAAAUAAAUUACAACCUAUUAUAGACAAUUGUGUACGUCGUACUGGAAUAUAUUUCUCAUCAUCUGCUUCUUUACCUAUCUCAGAAAUUCAAUUUGAAAAACAUAGAACAAUUGGUUUCAACUCUAAGCAAUGUGGAAUAAUCCGAGUAAAUUGUGUGGACUGUUUAGACCGAACUAACACUGCACAGUUUGUUAUCGGUCGAGUUGUUUUAGCUUAUCAAUUGUAUGGAUUAGGCUUUUUAGCUGAGCCAGAUUUUAUGGAUAACUCACAAAUCGAUCGACUACUACAGGAUUUAUAUGAUGAACAUGGAGAUACACUGGCCUUACAAUAUGGCGGUAGUCAAUUAGUGCACAAUAUAAAUACUUAUCGUAAAGUAAAAAAGCUCUCUAGUCACUCGCGUGAUUUUGUUCAAACACUGUCACGAUAUUAUUCUAAUAAAUUUUCUGAUUGGGAAAAACAGUGUGCAAUAAGUUUAUUUUUACGCAUUUAUCGUCCUAAUUUAUGGUCUGGUACACUAUAUGAUUUUAUAAAAAAUCAUCUAAUUCCAAGGUAUUCAAUAGAUGAGACUGAUACAUUCAAAUCAGACAUACCAUCUCUCUUUCAUUCAGACACAGAUCAAAUUCUAGCCAGUGUCGCUGCUUCACUGUCUGGUUGUAUCUGGGAUAUGUGUAGUGAUGCUUAUUUACAUUGGUUGGACGCUUGGGCACGUUUACCAACAAGUCGCUUUUCACUAACUGAUUGGUGCUCUCGUGAUCUCUUACAAUGUUUACCCAGAGCAAUGGAUAUAACACAAAAGUCGGUUCUUUAUAAUGAUCGAUGCCUUGUGUUACCAUCAAAUGAUAUCAGAGUUGAUUGGUUCAAUGAAUUUUAUGAUUUAACAUCUUAUGUCGAUUUGGAUCGUUUCUCAAAUCCCCAUAUCCGGUCAACUGAACUUGUUGUUGAACAUCAUUUAGGCGAUUAUAUGAUUCCGAAGUCAUAUCCAAAUUUAAAGACCAAUGAACAAUUACAUUCGCAACAUAGCAACAAUAUUAAUAUAAAAUACACGUCUGUUCCUGAAAAAGAUCAACUUACUAACUGUAGUUAUCCUACAUUAUCAAAUAUUUACAUGGAUUUAGGUCGUUCAAUAUGUGCCGCGCAUUCAUUUCCUAAUUUUACUGAUAUACCACAUUUCGAUUGGUCUACUAAACAAAAUAAUCUUUCGUCUAAAUAUUACAAAGAUGGCAACAAUUCAAAUGAAGCAUUAAAUCCUUCAAUUAGUAAUGUUGAAUUAAACAAAACAAAAAAGUUUAAAAAAGUAAAAGACAAAUGUCCAGUAAAUAAUAAUUUCGAUGAUGAAAAAGACAAAAAACAAAAAUCUGCUGUUUUUGCUGAGGAUGACGGUGAUAAUGGUGAAGACAAAUCUAGUUCAGAUAGCGAUUAUGAGGAGUCGAUAGAUAAUUGUAUUAAUUUCUUUCCGCCCGAUUUGAACCUAUUUCAAUUUCUUCUUGAUCCGGACUUAUCAGUAAUACAAUCUAAACGUCUACCUGACAAAUAUUUUGAUAAUAAAGGAUAUUCUGUAAGUUACCCGUAUACUUCAAAUUCUACAAAACGUCAAAAGCGAAAACAAACAAUAGUUGGCCAACUUAGUAAAUCCAAAGAAGAUCCUGAAUCCACCUAUUCAAAUUGUGUAUCGUCAUCUGAGAUCGUGUUAAAUUUACCAAAUAAACAUGUCUAUGAAGGUAUAUAAAUGAUAUUAUUGUUCUGUUUAUUCUUAGCGAUGAAAUAAUACAACCUAUUCACGAGUUCGUCAUUAGUUUCUAUUUAAAGCCUUAUUGUGAUGUUGGCUGAGUUUAAUUUAAAACGAAACGACACGGUAGCAUUUUUAUCACAAGACAUUUGCCGCCAAUCAUUAUAAAGUUUUGGAUUGAUGCUUUGUUUUGCGGAUACCCUUCUUGAUCCGGUAUUUUAAUUGUAUAUCUCCUGGUGCUCUUCACACUACGUUAUUGAACCCAACAAUGCAUAUGUACUAAAGAGAGAAACAGAAUGUGUAAAUAUUUCUUCUCAAUUAUUUUUUUCAUCAUGGCUCUACAUUGAUAUAUAUAUUUCAUCUAAAACGGUAAAAAUUGUUUAGUCUGGGAAUUUCUACGAUUGAUUGCUUUGAUUAUUUACGGUAUCAUAUCAAUUAUCUAAGUAAUCACCCAAUGUUAUUUUCGUAAUCAGUUGUGAAAUUGUAUUAUCAUUAUGUACCACUAUAAUGGACGAGACUCAGGUGAGGACAACCGGCUUAUUAUUUAGUACAAAAUACAGAAUAUCUCGGUAAAGAGAACCAUACACUGAAUACUUCAUUGGCGAAUUCGCAUCCUUUGUCUUUCACAUUCCGUAUAAUUCUUCCGAUUCACAAUUACUUUCUUUUAUCUUUAGCUUGAUCUUCUUGGCCUUCUGCUGUUAGGUUUUGCAAUCCCGCUUGGUGUUGCAUACUACUUAUGUUGAUAAACAUAAGUAGCAUACAACACAACACUACUACUCGGUUGGUAUUGUUUUAUUACUGUUAAUUAUAUUUAUGCACAUAGAUAAGUGUAGAUCCAUGAUGAUGAGCUGAUUGGAAGUAAACAUUUGUUUGCUCUAUUGGCUAACUUCACACUUAAUAUCCAAGAGUGUAUAACGGAAAAACUAGAUAUGCUAAACUUGAAUACUGUGUUUGUACUUCAGUAUAUUAAUUUAGAUCUUAUAAUAACUUAUUACACUAUUCAAGUGUGAUUCCUGUUGAUGUGUGUCUGUAAACUAUAAUUAAAGUUAUUACUUUAUUCUUUUAACUGAAAAUAUGGUAAUAGUAUUCACUGAAAAAGAAAAAGCGAACAUUGAUUACAAUCAAUCAUUUAUGGUGAAAAUUUGAAAAGAAUAAAAAUUCGUGUUAUAUACUACUUACUUGUUAAUCCUCAUGGAGGAACGUAAGCCGCCCACCAACACUCUCCAUCCAACCGUGUCCUGGGCAAGUUAUUUACUACGUAAAGUGUAGUUUCGUCUCUUAUUAUUUGCCAACAAUUAAUAAUAGGAACUCAACUUUUCUACCGUUAUAUUGUGGUGUGGGUUACUUAUAUCCACACAAGUAGUAUAUAACGGAUGUCAGGCGUAGAAUGUAUUUCAGUAAACGUUCGAUAAGGAAGAAACUGGAACGGAACGCAAUUGGUAUGAAAAUGCAUGAACAAUGAAAUCUGAGACAAUGGACUGAUAUUUGC